AUGUGUAGUUUAAACAGAGCUAACACAGCAAAAAUCGCACAGUACGUAGACAAGGUCAUAGAGCUGGGUAAAAGAAACCUACUUUUCAGAGUAGAUAUAAAACACCUGUAUUCAAUAUGGAACCUGUGUAAAACCGAGAAGGAUUAUAAGUAUGCCCUGGUAGCAACGAAUCACUUUUAUAAUUUCGGAAGACAACUUAGUCCAGAGGCAGUUGACAAGUUGUUUGUAACAACAAUGAGAUGCAACGUGCUGGACGAAGCAAUUGAGUUGAUCAGGGGCUCACGUAACUGGCUAAAGAAACCGCCAAGUUUAUCGCUAAUCUAUGUACUACUAAAUGAGCUGAUAUCAAGGGAUGAUUUCGACAAUGUGUACGAAGUGUAUAAAAUCGUAAGAACGUCUUGGCAAAUAAGGUUGACGCCAACACUGUAUGAAUAUUGCAUAGCGUAUAUGUUGAACACAAAUGCAUAUCCUCUAGAAGAAUCUCUGAUGGUGUACGGGGACUCUGAUAAGAUGGGAGUGCGGCUAUCUGAAGAAACGCACGACAAACUACUGGAAAAGUGCCUUGAGGUUACGGAAGGCACGAGUGAUCUGUGCAGAGUCACGUGCCUGUACAUUAUUGGCAGGAUGAUAAGGGAACUAGGAAGGUUCAAGAGUCCCAGGUCAUACUACCUCCUGAGCUGGUUUUCAUUUCGCUUUAAGGAUAAAAUAAAUGAACUCGAGCUCCCAGGAUUGAAGCAUCUAGUCAGGGACUGGAAGCGGUGUUUAGAGUAUUAUGUCGAUUCUAACAUAUUGUGUAACCAAAAACAGGUAUUGAGUGAAAAGUUCUUUGAAGAGCUGGGAUCUGACAUAGAGUCGUUUAAAGCAAUUAAGAGUUAG